UCUUGAUGCUCUUGUCCCUUUUGCUUCCAUAUGUAGCUCUCAUCAUUUUAUAAAUAAGCACAAAUAGCAAGAAAUGGUAGAGUGUUAGAUCUUAUUAGAUCCUUAUAAUCUAACAGCUCACAUUUUCGUUUAGUUGAAGAGAAAUGUGAAUCAGUAUGACAUGAUUCACACAGAUGAAAUCCACCACAGAGUGCAGGUUAACUCAUACGAAAAUGAUUCUCAUUGGAGGACUUGAUUCGCGUGGCUUGUAGAGGAUCCAAGUUAGCUCACAUUUCGUCUAAUUGAAGAGGAUCCAAGUUCAUAUGUAACUGCUCCAAUAUAAGGAACUAUCUAUGAUCUCGUGUGAAGCGAGUGAAUAUCGGACCAGUAACUAAUGGCGAGUCAUCCGACCAUUCGGCAUAUGUCAAGAAGUUCUAUCAAACCAGACGGCGCCGGCAUUUCAGGUCAGACUUACUACUUGAACCCGUGGGAUCUGUCCCUGCUCUCCUUAAACUACAUCCAGCGGGGUCUUCUCUUUCCUAAACCUCCUCCGACCAAAAACCCUUCCAUUACAACCAUCGACCAUCUCAAAGACUCCCUUUCCCGCACCCUCGUCCAUUUCCUCCCCCUGGCCGGCCACCUCGUCACGCAUAAACAAGAUGACCGACCUGCUUCUUACUCUAUUUCUCUGAAUUGUAACAACCCAGGAGUGGAUUUUGUCCACGCUAUUGCAGAUGUUACCAUGGAAGAUCUCCUCUCCCCCGUUGAUGUUCCCCCCAUCGUUCAAUCAUUUUUUCUGCUAGGCAGAGCUGUCAACCACGAUGGUCACACCUUACCUUUAUUGGCCGUGCAGGUGACUGAGUUACUGGAUGGUAUUUUCAUCGCAUGCUCCUUCAACCACAGCGUUGGUGACGGUACUUCCUACUGGAAUUUCUUCAAUGCAUGGGCCGAGAUAUGCAGGAUGAUGGUCAAGGGAAACCAUGAUUAUGAUCACAUCUCGCACCCACCAGUCCUAAGACGCUGGUUUAUCGAUGGCCAUGGACCCAUAAUCAACUUACCUUUCUCUCACCAUGAUGAGUUCAUUGACAGGUACAGCCCACCCGAGGUGCUAAGACAGAGGUUCUUCCAUUUCUCAUCACAAUUCAUUGGGAGGCUCAAAGCUAAGGCCAACGCUGAGUGCAACACCACCACCAUAUCCUCCUUCCAAGCCUUGUCUGCAUUUGUCUGGAGAUCUGUGACACGGGCAAGAGGUUAUCAAAUCAGUAACCAGAAAACGACUUGCAGGUUAGCCAUCAAUAAUAGAUCAAGACUGAACCCACCAUUAUCCAGUUACUACUUUGGAAACUGCGUUGAAACUGUUGGUGCAACCGCCACUAUUGGAGAACUGCUCAGCCAUGGAAUUGGGUGGGCAGCAUGGCUAUUGCACGAGGCAGUGAAUGGCCACACUGAUGGCAAGGUGAGGGAGAAACUGGAGGUGUGGAUGAGGAGUCCUAUCAUUUACCAGUAUCGCAGUUUCGUUGAUCCAUGUACCAUCGUGAUAGGGAGUUCACCCAGAUUCAAUAUGUAUGGGUGCGACUUUGGGUGGGGAAAGGUAGAGGCUGUUCGAAGUGGGUCUGCAAACAAGUAUGAUGGGAAAGUAUCUUCAUACCCAGGGCGCCAAGGAGGAGGAAGUGUGGACUUGGAGGUGAGCCUUCUGCCAGAAUCUAUGAGUACUCCCGAGUCCGACCAAGAGUUUAGGGUUGAAAUCGUCUGCAAUUCUGAUCUCGUACAA